AUGAAGUUUGCCAGUUUUUUACCAGCUGUUCUUGCAUUAGAAACAUCAUCUUCGGAAGAAGAAUCGGCGGUGGAUCAAGAGAAAACACUGAAAGAAGUGAUUAUGAAACCGACGCAGAAGAGGAGUGCUGUUGGGCUUGAAAGAUUUGGAAUAAAUAUGGGUGCUUUCGACUACGGAUGUCAUUGUUCUGCCCUUCUUUCCGGAAAAAUCUCCGGCUACGGCGCUGCGGUCGAUGCCCUGGACAUGAUUUGCAAGGAUUAUUUGGAGUGUACGAAAUGUGUUCAAAAAGUCACCAAUUGUCAGGUAAGCGUUAAUUACGAUUUUGUCAUGGACGAUUCUGGAGUCGUCUGCACAGAAAACGAUGGAACUUGCGAAAAAAAUAUUUGCGAAUGUGAUGCUAUGUUCUACCGAGAUCUUCUGCACGCCGCCUACAGUGGGAUCAUCUACAACUACAAGUACAACGUCGCGAGUUUCGAUCCAUCAAGUUCAUGUCACGUUUCUUCCCGGCCAGGCAAAACGUCGCUAGAAGAAAAUAUCGCGAUGGACGCACGAUUCGACAGCUCGAAUUUCCUCUUUGAGAAAGAACAACGACAUUCUAAGUGCUGCUCAAGUGUGAUUGGAAAUUCGCUGGAACGAUCCCACUCAUCGAAAUUGAAAUGUUGCGAACUCGCGCCUGGAAAAUUUACUUUGAAGCCGAGAUGCUGA